UUUAAAACAAUCAGAUGGAUCAGGCAGGUUUUAUGCCUGUAUUUGAAGGGUUUACACUAGUAUCUAAUGGGUUUGUGUCUGUAUCUGUGGUGUUUACACCAGUAUCUGAUGGAGUUACAUCUGUGUCUGACAGGUUUAUGCCUGUGUCUGUGAGGUUUACACAUGUAUCUGUCAGGUUUACACAUGUAUCUGACAGGUUUACACAUGUAUCUGUCAGGUUUACACAUGUAUCUGACAGGUUUACACAUGUAUCUGACAGGUUUACACAUGUAUCUGUUGGGGUUUAUGCCUGUAUCUGUGAGGUUUACACAUGUAUCUGUGAGGUUUACGCCUGUAUCUGUGAGGUUUACCCCUCUACCUGUGAGGUUUAUGCCUGUACCUGUGAGGUUUACGCCUGCACCUGUGAGGUUUACGCCUGCACCUGUGAGGUUUACGCCUGCACCUGUGAGGUUUACGCCUGCGCCUGUGAGGUUUACGCCUGCGCCUGUGAGGUUUACGCCUGCGCCUGUGAGGUUUACGCCUGCGCCUGUGAGGUUUACACCUGCAUCUGUGAGGCUUACGCUUGCGUCUGUGAGGUUUACGCCUGCGUCUGUGAGGUUUACGCCUGCGUCUGUGAGGUUUACGCCUGUACCUGUGUGUUUGUUUCGUGCCUGGGAAGAAUGGGCUGGCCUUGAGCAGGUGGAAGACUACCUGAGUUUUCUGGAGUAUCUGUUGUGGGUCUUCACCCCCCUCAUUAUUGUUUUCAUCGUGCCAUUCCUCAUUGUUAUUCUCCUUUACCUCUCCAUACUCUUCCUUCAUGUCUAUAAGAGGAAGAAUCAGCUGAAGGAGGCGUACUGCAACAACCUGUGGGACGGAGCCAGAAAAACACUGGCCAUCCUGUGGGACGGACACGGAGCCAUUUGGCACGGGUAUGAAGUCCACGGCAUGGAGAAGAUCCCUGACAAAGGACCGGCUCUGAUUGUUUAUUACCAUGGAGCCAUUCCCAUUGAUUAUUACUAUUUCCUGGCCAACGUCAUCAUCCAGAAGGGACGUACCUGCCACUCUGUAGCUGACCACUUCCUCUUCAAGAUCCCUGGUUUCAAGCUGCUGCUGGAGGUGUUCAGUGUGAUCCACGGUCCUCAGGAGGAGUGUGUGCGGGCUCUGAAGAACGGUCACCUCCUGGGGAUUUCUCCUGGAGGAGUACGGGAAGCUCUGUUCAGUGAUGAGACCUACCCUCUUCUGUGGGGCAAACGCAGAGGCUUUGCACAGGUGGCCAUUGAUUCUCAAGUGCCUGUAAUUCCAAUGUUUACUCAGAAUGUGCGGGAAGGCUUCAGAUCUCUGGGAACACUAAGACUCUUUCGUUGGCUGUAUGAACGGUUUCGUCUCCCUAUAGCUCCUGUUUAUGGAGGAUUUCCAGUAAAGUUUCGAACCUUCCUCGGUGAUCCCAUUCCAUACGACCCAAACACAACGGCUGCAGAACUGGCAGAAAGAGUGCAGCAGGCGGUCCGGUCUUUGAUAGAUCGACACCAGAAGAUCCCGGGAUGCAUCUUAAGGGCCCUGGUAGAGAGAAUAUACACCAAACACAAAAACAACUAAUGACAGGAGGAAAUGAGACAAAUGUUCAGUUUGUGACCAAAACCAGUUGCCAGAACAACACGAUGACUUCAGUUAGGAAAGAACUGAUGAGCCAACAUGGUGAAAUAACUGCACAACUUUCCCCGGAGAGCAACUAUUGUUCCUUCUACAUUCUACAUGCUGGUGUUCUGGACUUUUCUGCUGUGACUCUUUUGAUUAUGAUUAUUUUUUUCUCCCAGGAGGAAAGAGUUUAAAGGUGAACUUUCUGAAGUAAUUUUGGCCUUCAUAUUAAUUCUACCUGAAACAGGAUGAAAACAAAAAUAUAUUUUUGUACAUAUUUGCACAAAAUAACAAAUGAACAUAUACUUUAGAAGCAUUGGUAAACAGGUGGUUUAUUUAUAAAGAGAAUACUACAUGCAUCAGCUACAGAUCUAUGGAAGUUCCUUAUCGUAACAUCCAUUAUAUGGAGACUGUAGAAAAUAUAUAGAAAAAUUAUGUUUAUCAAUCAAAUUGAUCAUCAACUUUUUUGCCUUGUUGUUGGCAGAUAUUUAUACCUGAUGAAAGUAUAAGUGUAAUGAUCAAACCUGUACAAAAGUGUAUCAGAGGUCGAAGGUCAAAACUCUCUGGUGCAGUAGAAAGAUAAAAGUGUGUGUGUGUGUGUAAAGUGUAUCACAUUUGUCAUGUUUUACACAAUAUGUUAAUUUUACUACAUGAUGCAAAAUAACCCUGAGCACAGUUACUGACCUGCUUUUCUUUGUUUCUAAACUAAAACUGAUUCACAUGAAGAAUGAUGCAAGUUCUAGUUUCUGUGUGUGUGUGUGUGUGUGUGUGUGUGUGUGUGUGUGUGUGUGUGUGUGUGUGUGUGUGUGUGUGUG